CAGACGGGUUAGGUCCGAGUGGGGCCGACAGGCUUGGUCUGGCUGACAAUGCUACUGAUGCGCUGGCCCAAAUCUGGCUCCAUUACCAUCAAGGUAUACGAUUAUAUGGUCCCUGUGCCAAGCAGUAGGUUAGUAGCCCUGUUCCUCAUGGAGCUGUGCGCGCAGACGGGUUGGGUCCGCGUGGGGCCAAGAGGCUUGGUCUGGCUGACAAUGCUCCUGAUGCACUGGUCCAAAUCUGGCUCCAUUACCAUCAAGACGGGUUAG